AUGGACAUGAAGCUGCUGCGGCGGGUGGGCUUCUUCUGUGCGCUGUGGACACUGCAGUGUUGCGCGGCCGUACUGGGAGCCAUCUCGCGAGAUGCUAUUUUCCUGCGGUAUUACGCGGCCUCGAGCGUUGCUGCUCUCACUCUGGCGCUGUCUUUGAGCACGGCCUACGCGUUGACACUGGCCACGCAGCUGGUUGACAAGUUGGCAGCUCGUUCUGUUCGUCCUGGCAUAUUAUACGCAAUCAGUCCUUUGGUUUUAGGAUCCGGCCUACUUGUCCUAACGCUGCUUUCCUUAGUCGCACCCUUACUAGCUCGUGGAACGUCUGUCCUACUAUACUUGUGGCUUGAGGUGCAGGCCCAAUGGCUGACCCAGCAGUUCUGGGAUUUAUGUGCCAAAGCCUUCGACGUGGCUCAAUCCAAGAAGUUUUUCGGAGUGAUCACGUUUGGAUCAACUUUUGGCAGUUUAUUGGCGAGUUUCGUGGUCCUACCGGUUAUCCAGAGUCGGCAAUUACCGACCGAGUUCAACUUGUUGGUGUCUUCCGGAAUGUUGUUUUUCAUCGCAGGAGUGUUGCUAGUAUCGGCGGAACACUUCACGUCUUCAGAUUUGGGACAGAAUGCUACAUCUGGGAGGAAAGUUAGAGGACAGGACAAAUUGAAACCGGGGGAUCCUGCAGAUUCGUCGUCGUCCACUGCCAUUAUCCGAGAUAUUCAAGCCAGGACCUACUUGAAACACAUUUGUUUUUUCGAUAUGAUGGCAACGGUGAUGCGAGUGUUGGUGGACAAUACGACGUUGUCGGUGGUAUCGCUACAGCCAGAGGAAGAGGUGAAGGCUUCUCUGUCGAUGAUAAACGGACUGCAGAGUUUCCUCAUGAUACCGAUGCAGCUGCUAUCGGGGCCGUUCUUCACGCAUUUUGGAGUCAUGUACGGCAUCGCGAUGCUCCCGGUGACGAUCUUCCUGUUUGGAACAUCGACUUACGUUUCGACGUCUGCUUACUCGCUGAUCUUCACGCGAGCGCUUUACAACGCCGUCUCGCAAGCGAUUUUUAACCCGGCGAGGCAAUUACUGUGGCUGCCUUUCAACGAGAGCGAGCGAGGUCGUUUCCAAAACUUCGUGUGCGGCCCAUUCCGCUCGCUGUCACGGAUUUUUGGAGCGGUGCUGUCAAUGUUUCUGACUGCGAGUUUGGUGGUUCAGUUCAUUGGGACGUCUUCUUCGAGUGUUAUUAUGAUUGCAACGUCGGCAGCGUGGUUUGUUGACGCACUCGCGGCCAGGAAGUCGUACGCUUCAGAGUUCUACGCCUCAUUACGGCAGGGCUACUUAGAUCUAACCUCGCCUCUGGUUGAUUUCACGCCAGAUCAGAUCAUGUUGGUCAAGGAAACGUUGGUCAAUGGUGAGCAAACUCAAGCCAACUUCGUCUUGAGCUCGUUGUCUCACGAACACAUCGGUCUCUUCUCCCAGGAAUUACGAGCGCUGUUUUACAAGAAAAACAGAGACGGUGUGCCUCUCACUCCGAUGCACACUAAACUGCGGUUGUUGAAUCUCCACACGGCAGCGAAGCGAGACUUCGUGCUCCACGCACAGGAGUCGUACCUACUUCCUGACGCCAGCACGUUUCCCACUGGAAUUUUCAACACGAUGGAUCUAAUGAUGCUCGUGAAGGAUAAAUCUGUUGCGGUGCCUCGUCAGCUACGAGUCGCAGCGAUUCUAGCUUGCGGCUACGAGAAAUUCAACAUGAAUGCAGACCAGUGCUCGGAGAUGCUUCAUAAGCUACUCCAUAGUGGAGACGAAGACAAAUCCGUCGUGGUAUGCGCUGCAGUGGCAUUACUGCGAUUAUCCGACUGGAUGGAUGAAGAAUCAAACGUCAUUCUUCAACGUUUAUUACACGAGGAAAAAGUGUUGGAAGCACGCGUGGUGGGCUUAAAAAUUGUGGGCAAAGAACUACCGGAGUUGCUGGGCGAUGGCUUCUUAGUGUAUCUACUUCACCAUUCGUCAACUCAGAUCGUUCAAGCCGCGGUUGAGUGCUGCUCAAACAGCUCUCGCCACUCUCGAAUGCUGAUCCCUGCACUGAUGAAACAUCUCGCGAACUCUGUGAUACGCUCUCAAAUUGUCACGGCGCUCAAGGGAUUUGAACCGGCUGCGUUAUGGGGACCACUUUGCCAGUACACUGAAGAGAUACUGCGACUACCCACUCAAGCGCUGAGCAAUUACGCACUAACUUCGGACCGGAUCCACAGCAAGAGAGAGGGACUGGCGGGUGCACUCAAAGUACUGGAUCUUGGAUUUCCGCUUGAAGAUAAACUGGAUUUCUUGUUACACUUGAUGGAGACGCUACUCGUGACCUCUAAAUCACCGGAAGAUGAAGUUAGCAAGGGCAGCACGGACGUUUUGCAUCAUCUGUUUGGGAAAGAUGGGGUCAUGGAAGAACUGGUUGUGGAUGCUCUGCUAUCACUGAUCACAUCGACGGAUGAAAAGACUAUGAAUUCGAUUUCGCAGUUGAUGGACCCUAUUCACCACGCGCUGAGUAUCAAGAUUCGAGAGGCUCACGAAAUGCGUCACGUUCUAGAACUCUUCUUCCAGAUUUGUCCACGCACAGCUACCAACAUCGAGGAAACUUCCCCUCUAUUGCUACAACACGUCGAACACAGCUUAAAGGAUACACUUCGGCUACUGCUGAAGUUACUCUCGACGGGAUUUCCGAAGGAGUUUGAUGUCGCUGUGAUUCUGGAAGGCUUGCAGUCGGAUUUGGGCCAAGUACACUCCGCUAUUCAGGAGGUGCUGGAAAACCUACUUCCUUCGUCAUACAAAGGACUGGUGUUACCACUUCUUUUUCCGAAAUUGUCGACAACGAAAGCAGCAUCAAAGAUGGCAAAGGACGUUGAAGAGUUAUUUGGUGAGAAAGAUGGCGUCGACAUUUUGCUGGAUGUGAUGAAGCACCAAGACACGGAGCUGGAGCUCUCAGCUCUUGCUCUCCAGUAUUUCCUUCACAUCGCUGGAAAUCAUGCUGAACACCUCAGCGAUGCUGCGAAGCUGACGUUCCAGGAUGAAAUCAUCCCGAACUUGCUCAACCACGAACUGACCAAGGAACUCCUGAUUGAAACCUAUCAUGGCCCCGACGUUCUGCCUUAUGAGUCCGUUACCAUACUCAAGGAUUGUGAACCCCCGCUGCUUUCGCGGAUCGCGGUGGCCAACUGCCUUCGCGUGUCCUCGCUGUUCGAGAAUGUGUGUGCAAUUAGUAUUCUACGCGUGAUAUCUCACCAUUUUGUGCCAAUAACUGUGAAAUGCGGAGAAACUUUUGCAGUCGAGGGCGAUAUCGCUUCAGCUAUGUACGUUGUUGCCACGGGUACAGUCCAGCUUCAUAAGGAGCGAAGGAUUCUAGCAGUGUUAGGAUUUGGCACGUGUGUAGGCCAAGCUGCUUUGUUGCAGCAUUCUCUACAUGCUGGCACCCACAUUUCCUCUGCAACCGCGCUUGAAGACUGCACUCUACUCAGUAUAUCGCGAGAAGAGCUCGACGCGCUGAUCAAGGAAACGCCACAGGUGUCCAGAGGUGUUCUCAACGCAGUGGCCUCAUCUCUCCAACUGCUAUAUUUCGAGCCACUUCGCGCUAUUGCUCAAUCAGGCAGUCUCCCUCGUCGUGAUCGAAGAGGCUCGUUAACCGCGGAGACAGCACAUUCAGACAGCGAAACAAACCAUCCGAUGCUCAAGAUGACCGAGUCACUUACAAGCAACAUCAAGGCAGCACUUUCUGUCGAUCGAGCGGCCAAAUCGUUCCUGUACAACGUUGGUCGAUCACGAAGUACUCCUCGUGGUGGCCCCUUGUCUCUUCCAGGCAGGCGUCGAAGCUUAAGUAACUCGCAGCCGAUCGGGAGGAGUUUAAGCUCUGGCACUCUGGCGUCAAAGGGACUGCUUACACUAUCAGAUCCUGCCGACUAUACAACGUUCGAGAAGUCGAUUCACUUAAAGGCUUCACACUUGAUGAGAAAUCUCGAUGACGAUAAAGUCUCGCUGGUUGCUCAGCUAUCCCGAGUUGUAGUGCUGAGCCACGGUGACGUGCUGUACUCCAGUGGCACCAAAGUCGAGUGUGUGUACGUUAUCAUCGAUGGCACAAUGGAGAUCUCUACCUCUCAAGGUGAUUCAGAUGCAACGACUGCCUCAAUUUCGAUCAAACUUCACGGUGGUGACUGCUUCGGAGAAGAGUCGUUCGUGCCUAAUGCUACAGCUCAUGGCGUGGCCUCUGCUGUCGGUCGUUGUACGCUAUUCGAGAUCACAACCAAGGAACUUGUCGACUUGAGUGAACUGCACCACGACAUCAUGCACGUUCUUCUGGCGUGGCUCUCUCAGUCGUUGGCCGAGUCGACGAAGACGAUGAUUGCUCCUCUACUCUCUCCAAGUACUCCCGGUGCUUCUACCGUGUUCUGGGAGGAUGAAGAAGACACGAAUGAGUUGAGAAACCGGACAGGUAAGUGGAGAUCAGAGACGGAUUAA